GACUACCUUUACAAAAAAAAAAAAAAAAUCAACUUUCUCCUCCUCCCCAAGUGGUCGGGAUCGGAUUGCAGCCCUCUCUACCUGCUUUGCUGAAGAGUGAAACAAAAAAAAAAAAGGAGGAAAGAACUCAAAGGCUUUCUUUUUUUUUGUGUGUUUCCUGUUAAAGAAAAGGGUUUUUCUAACGCCCACCCACCAGAUGCACUUAAAAUGUAAAUAUGAGCCGCCAGAACAAAUGCUACCAUACAAAACAGAAACACAUGUAUGGACAGGGGGAAAGACCGAGCCGGGGAGGGAGAAGGCAGGCAGAGUCCUGCCUCUGCAAACACAGCUCCAUCUUUAGGACAGGAAGACUCAGAAGGGCUGGGAGAGGAGAAGUGGUUUGUGCAAGGCUUUCUUAAAAAAAAAAAAAAGGAUUUUUAAUUUUUUUUUUACCCUUCUUCCUCAAAUCUUUCUGCGUCUCCGCUCUUUGGAGGAUCUGCCCGGCGCAGUGGUUCCCAAUCUGUGGCACGGGUAAUGCCGGUGGUAAUAUGCACGCACGGAUUUAUUAUAAUUAAUUUAUAGGACCCAAAAUGUGCUGGUGGUACUUAAGGUUGCACCGUUUUAAAUCAGCGGUCCGACUUGGGGAACUGCUGGCCACCUAGCCAUGGUCCCGAGAGGCUCGCUGGAGGACAGGUUUGCCCUGGAUGAUGGGCAUGUUGCCUCGCUGUGGAGCUGGGCUUGCCGGGCCACGUGCUGCUUUGGGAAGUGCAUCGGCGAUGCCUGGACCUGGUCCGAGGAGCACCAGGAGCUCCAAAUGCCACCGUGACCCCCACCCGCCUGAGGACCUGCCUGGAGAGGCUUCUAAGGGUCGCCUGAGUACGUCGGUGACCUCAAGGCAAAACCCACCCAGGGUCUUUGAAUGCACCUUGAAGUGGGACACGAGGAACCGCUUCGUGCCCCGCGUUUUGCAGAUCGGCACUUCAUCCACCGCACUUGACUCAACGGCUCCGUCGCCCGCUACAGGGAUCGUGAAAAGAGAUGCUGGAGAUGUAGCUAUAAAUGAGGGACUUUGCCUCGUGUGCUAUCUGCCUGCAAACCCCACAGCAGAGCCUGGCCGCUCCGCCACAGUGCUGUCCAAGCAUGGUGGUGCCGGCCCGGCUGCUCCGGUUUCAGCCAGGACGGCGUCGAUGAACCACACUGGCGCAGACUGAGAGCCAGUUGUGCCCAGACAAGGAGACCAAGCGCAUUACGGUGGUUGGCAUCACCAUCUCAUUCGAGACCCGGCUGCAAGCCUGCACCAAAGCCCGCGAGUGGAAGCUGAUGAAGGACAAGCUGCUGGUCAGCGGUGAGCACUUUGUAGGAGCCUGAGAAAGCAGCUCUCCCCUUCUUGCAGCGGCUUGGGAAAAAGGGGCGUUUGCAGAGUCGAUAAGAUGUCUGGCUGUGCUUCCAGAGCUGAGAGUUCAAACCUGGCCUGAUGUUGUUAAACGGCACUUCUAAUUCCCCCAGCGGGCCCAGCUGGAUCUUGCUUCUCCAGCUGUAAGGGAUGCGAGCGUUCAUCAGCGAGGAGUACCACAAUGCUCUACCGUGUGUGCCACUUAGUCCGGACCCUGGGAACACUGACUGUGACCAAAGAAAUGAAGUUUGCUUCUGAAACACCACCUGGGGAAUGGUCUCCAUGAUUUCAACCACGGCUUUCUGGGACAGUACAGGAGAUCUCAACUCUUCCCACUGCUCCCCCCCGGACCACCUUACCACCCCAACGUACUCCGUUUCCGACUCCUUGUGUUUAUGCUGCGGCCUCUGCGCCGAAACCAGGGGUGAGAGAGAGUCCGAACAAAAUCUCUUGUGCUGCGGCAGGCACCCGGGGAUCGGUGAAGAAAUCUAAACUGGGUACACACCCAUGCACUGUUCUCAUGUGAUUUCAAAGAAAACUAAAAAGGGAGAUAAAAAAGGUGUCUGAAUCACUUCUUAGGAGUGCUGCCUCGCUGACUUCCAGUGCCUGAGCCGCAGAGAGACAGCAGAGAAACCAAGCUGUGUGCAGCUCAAAGGAGGGAAGUUGGCUUUUUGUCUGCAGCACCGGAGAGCUCGCUUCUUCAAAGGGCAAGCGGAGAAUUUGAAAGGGACCAAGAAAGCAGCUGCCCAGGCGCCUGGCGGAGCAUCCGGAUUCGUAGCGAGAGUGAGAUGGCUUCCUCCGACCCAGCCCCGAGCCCUGCAGUAGGGGUUGGACUGGUGCAGGGCGCCCUGGAGGCCUCGGCCGAGGGGGAGGAGGAGCUAGGGGAGGCGUUCGAUUUGGAGGAGAGCGAGGAGGAAGAGGACUCCAUCGUGGGGGCGAGCAGCACUAGCACCGAGCCCAGCGUGGGAGCUACCUUGCAGGCCCCAGCCCAGAGGCAUCAAUCGGGAGUGGGGGCUGAGCCCCCGGCUGCAGCCCCGGAGAGGGACGGAGCCCCCCCGGCGGGGCAGGCACCGCUCACCGACUCCGACUCCAGCAUCAACGCCGACUCGCUCGCAACACAGCCGCCGACAGAGCUCCUCUCGGUGGUCAGCAAUGGAGAUGUGGUGGGCAGCUCCCAGUCGAGGACCCGCACCUUCAGCUGGAAGAGGAAAAGCUCCCGGCGAGGCGACCGUUUUGAGUUCCCAGCGCUGGAGGAAGAUGUGAUCUACGAUGAUGUCCCCUGUGAAAACCUGGACUCGGAUCAGUACGGGGCAGACAGAAACCUGAUUUACGAGGACGUGCAUCGGGAGGAGGGGCAGCGGGAUGCCCAGGAUCUAGGCUGGAGCUCCAGCGAGUUCGAGAGCUACAGCGAAGACUCCAGCGAAGAGAUCAAGCCCGAGGCCGGGCCUGCCAAGCUAAGAGCAUCCUUCCAGCCGAAGCUUUCUCCAGACCUGAAUAGGCUAAAGGAGAGAUACGCCAGGACUAAGAGGGACAUUCUGGCUUUAAGAGUUGGGGGGAGAGACAUGCAGGAGCUGAAGCAGAAGUACGAUUGUAAGAUGACUCAGCUGAUGAAAGCUGCACGCAGCGGCACCAAGGACGGCCUGGAGAAGACCAAGAUCGCGGUCAUGCGGAAGGUGACUUUCCUGCAUCGGAAGGAGGCGCCAGGUGACUCGGAGGAGGAGGACACGGGGUUCCUGGAGGUCACUGUUACCGACAUGAGACACCCGCCUCCGGAGCUGGGUCCCAUGCCCGAAGGACUAAGCCCUCAGCAGGUGGUUCGGCGCCACAUCCUGGGCUCCAUCGUGCAGAGCGAGGGGAGCUACGUGGACUCGCUGCGACGCAUUCUCCAGGAUUACAGAAACCCCCUCAUGGAGAUGGAGCCCAAGGUCCUCAGUGCCAGGAAGUGCCAGGUGGUCUUCUUCCGCCUCAAGGAGAUCCUGCAGUGCCACUCCAUGUUCCAGAUCGCCCUGUUCUCCCGCGUGGCCGAGUGGGACGCCACCGAGAAAAUCGGGGACCUCUUCGUGGCCUCAUUUUCCAAGUCGAUGGUGCUGGAUGUGUACAGCGACUACGUGAAUAACUUCACCAGCGCCAUGUCCCUGAUCAAGAAGGCCUGUCUCACCAAGCCGGCGUUCCUGGAGUUCCUCAAGAAGCGGCAGAUGUCGAGCCCAGACCGGGUCACGCUCUACGGGCUGAUGGUGAAGCCCAUCCAGAGGUUCCCACAGUUCAUUCUGCUGCUGCAGGACAUGUUGAAGAACACGCCGAAAGGCCACCCGGAGAGGCUGUCACUCCAACUCGCCCUCACCGAGCUGGAGACCCUGGCCGAGAAGCUCAACGAGCAGAAACGAGUGGCCGACCAGGUGGCCGAGAUCCAGCAGCUGACAAAGAGCAUCAGCGAUCGCAGCAGCCUGAACAAGCUGCUGAAUUCGGGGCAGCGCCAGCUGCUGCUUUGCGAGACGCUGACGGAGACGGUUUACGGGGACCGCGGCCAGCUAAUCAAGUCGAAGGAGCGCAAGGUGUUCCUGCUAAACGACAUGCUGGUGUGUGCCAACAUCAACUUCAAGCCCGUGAAUACAAGAGGCCAGCUGGAGAUCAGCAGCCUCGUCCCCUUGGGCCCGAAGUACGUGGUGAAGUGGAACACGGCCCUGCCCCAGGUGCAGGUGGUGGAGGUCGGGCAGGAGAACAGCACGUACGACAAAGACAACAUCGUCAUCCAGAACGCGGGGGCUAAAAAGCACGUGCCGACCAGCCAGUCCUCCCACAAUAAGGUGUAUCUUGGGCCUCCACGGCUCUUCCAGGAGCUCCAAGACUUGCAGAAGGAUCUGGCGGUGGUGGAGCAGAUCACCCAGCUCAUCAGCACCCUGCACGGCACCUACCAGAAUCUGAACAUGACGGUGGCCCAGGACUGGUGCUUGGCCUUGCAGAGGAUGAUGAGAGUGAAGGAGGAGGAGAUCCACUCUGCCAACAAGUGCCGCCUCCGCCUCCUGCUUCCUGGGAAGCCGGACAAGUCUGGCCGCCCCAUCAGCUUCAUGGUGGUCUUCAUCACGCCAAACCCACUCAGCAAGAUCUCCUGGGUCAACCGCCUGCACCUGGCAAAGCUUGGGCUCCGGGAUGAGAACCAGCCUGGGUGGCUGUGCCCUGACGAAGACAAGAAAACCAAAGCUCCCUUCUGGUGUCCUAUCCUCGCGUGCCGCAUGUCUGCCUUCUCCUCCAAAGCCCUCGACCUGCAGCUUGGAGCCGUGGUGCACAAUCCCGUCCAGUCCUCGCUGCUGGGCUUCUCUGCUGUCAGCACCUCCCUGCCGCAGGGCUACCUCUGGGUUGGGGGAGGCCAAGAAGGAGCAGGAGGCCAGGUGGAGAUCUUCUCCCUCAACCGAUCGGUGCCGCGCACAGUGAAGUCCUUCCCCGUGGCCUCCCAGGUGCUCUGCAUGGAAUACAUCCCGGAAAAGAGCGGGGAGGAGCAGGAGCAGGAGAAAACUGAGGAUUCGCGAGCGACUGCUGAGCAGGCCUCCGCUCUGCACCCCACCAUCUGCCUGGGGCUUCAGGAUGGCAGCAUCAUGGUGUAUGGAAGCGUGGAUACGGGGACUCAGUGCUUGCUGACCUGCAAGAGCCCCGGGCGGCAGCCUGUCCUCUGCCUGAAGCACAGCCCCGACUACCUGUUUGCCGGCCUGCAGAAUGGGAUUGUAGCUGCCUAUGCCAGGACCAGCGGGGGGCUGUGGGAUCUGGAGGCGAAGCCCACCUGUUUGCAGGUGGGGACCGGGCCGGUGAGAGUCCUCCUGACUCUGGAUGACACCCUGUGGGCCAGCUGUGCCAACCAAGUCACCGUGCUGGAUGCUGCCAGCCUAAAGGCUCAGGACACGUUCGAGGCCCACCCGGACAAGGAGGCCAGCGUGACUCACAUGAUCAAGGCGGGCAGCGGCGUCUGGAUGGCGUUCUCCUCGGGCUCCUCCAUCCGCCUCUUUCACACCGAGACCCUGGAGCAUCUGCAGGAGAUCAACAUAGCGACGCGGACCACCUUCGUCCUGCCAGGCCAGAAAAACGUCCGUGUCACCAGCCUGCUGAUCUGCCAGGGUCUGUUAUGGGUUGGCACCGACCAGGGCAUCAUUGUGCUGCUGCCUGUACCCAGGCUGGAGGGCAUCCCCAAAAUCACUGGGAAGGGCAUGGUGUCCCUCAAUGGCCACUGUGGCCCCGUGGAGUUCCUGGCCAUGGCCGUGAGCACCCUGGCUCCCGACAUCCUAAAGAGCGACAAGGAGGAGGAGGGCGGCGAGGCCGUCUGCGGCGACGAGGAGAAGCCGGAGGGCCGGUGUCCGGAGCUGGCCGCCCAGGACAGCCACCUGGGCCGGGAGAUGAGGAAGAAGGGGAUCCUCUUGCAGUACCGGCUCCGCUCCACCUCCCACCUCCCCGGGCAGCUGCUGUCGGUGAGAGAGGCCCCUGCCGCGGCGGGCGCCGGCACCCUGGAGCACACGGAGGAGGACGGCUCCAUCUACGAGAUGGCCGACGACCCGGACGUGUGGGUGCGGAGCCGCCAGUGCGCGCGGGACACGCACCGCAAGGAGAUCUCCUCGCUGGCCAUCAUCUCGGGCGGACGAGGCUACCGGAGUUUCAACGCCAACAGCAAGGGCACGGCUUGCAGCGAGACGGACAGCACGCUGCUGAUAUGGCAGGUCCCUCUGACGCUAUAGCGGGGACCGCAUCCCCACCUCGCCUGCCCACCUCGCGCCGCUUAGGAGCCGGGACGACCGAGCCUGACCGCCAUCGAGCCCCUUCGCGGGGUCUUCGCCUACAUCGCCUCUUGUCCCGGGCUACCUACGAAGCGACUUCCCGGCUGCUCGGGAGGGACUCGGUUCUUAACUUCCCACCGGCAAAAACGAACACUUUCCCACCCCCAUGACGCACCGCCCUCCCUUUUGUAAGACUUUUUUCCAAACGUGCGACUUUUUCUUCCUUUUCUUGAGAAAACCCGCUUGUUUUUUGGGGUUCCUUUUAACAGUCUGGGCUGUGUCAGAAGAGGUGCCCUCCCUGCAGGCUUUGGAGGCACCCGAACAUUGCCGAACUCUUCGGCGCGUCUCUUCAAAAGAGGGCGCCGAGCCUACGCGUGUCCGUGUGUGAAUAUCUAUAUAAAUAUAUACAUAUAUAAAUAUAACGAUGUAUAUUAUUAUGUGUACAAAUGAAAAAUCUGUAUAUAUCGGGGCAUCUGGAGCUGCAGGAAUAAAAAAGGAGGCUCGAGCCACGGCCUGGUACACCCGGUGGCGAGGGCUCUCUUGUGAACCGCU